AUGUCGGAACUCACUUGUACUUUGCCAGCUUCCUGGUACUGCAGCAAGUCCCUCUAUCAGAUGGAGCGGCGAGCAGUAUUCCUGAAAUCCUGGUACUUGCUCGGCCCGGUGACCAGAUUCCAAAAAGUGGGCGAACAUGUUCAGUAUGAAAUUGCGCAGCAGUCCAUCUCGGCUGUUCGCACAUCGGGGGAUGGGUUGAAUCCGACUUUCGAGGAGCUGACAGUUGUCUGCGCGAAGACGGAAGUCCGGAGUCAUGUUACGCCAACGGGAUUGCUGUUCUCGACUAUUGCCGACGAUGCCCCCAGCUUCCAUGAGUUUUUCCCAGAACUUGAGGAGCUGCUGGGCAAAGUUGAUUUUACCAAAUUACCGCAUCGUCGAAGUAUCAGCUACGAGGGUCGUUUCAAUUGGAAAACCAUGGUGGACGGAUAUCAAGAGUGCCUGCACUGCCAGUACACUCAUCCAUCGUUCUCAAUUUACUAUCCACCUACUUUCUAUAGUGUGCACAAUAAGCAUAACUUCUCUCAGCACAUUGCAGAUCCGAAGAAGCCAGAUGAUGGCUUGUUCUUGUAUUUCUUCCCAAACUGCACGCUGAAUGUCUAUGGUGGUGGCAUGUCUUCGUUCAGAGUCUGUCCGACCGCGGAUCCGCAUGUCACUCGGAUGGAAUUCGACUAUUAUCACCUUGCCGAGGGAGAGAAGUUUGAAGAGUAUUUCAAGUUUGUGCGGCAGGUUGCUUUGGAAGACUUUGAGCUGUGCGAGAAAGCGCAGGAUAACCUGGCUAAGGGCGUUUAUCAUGAAGGAAUCUUGAACCCAGACAAGGAGAAUGGCGUUUCUUACUACCAGCGACGAGUGUUUGACAUGGUAUGCGAGCAGCAUGCUACCGAUAGAGCUGCUCAAACGACCAAGGAGGCUGGAGUGGAGGAGCAGACCGCAUCUCAAGUGAUUCCAAUGAAAGCGUAG